UUUAGUUGGUUAUCAAGAGGUCUUACAGUUCAUGUUGGAUUUCUCUGGAUUAGAUUUGAGAAUUGGAUCCACCCAUGAGCAUGAGUAGGUCUGAUAUCCCCUCUUGCGUUUUAACCAUGGAAUUUGACAUGACGAAGAAAAACAGAACGGUAACGGAGUUUGAAGACGAAAUUCCUGAAGAUGAACAGUCUCCGAUAGAACAAGUCAGGUUGACAGUAUCAAAUCACGACGACCCUACACUUCCAGUAUGGACAUUUCGUAUGUGGUUCCUCGGAAUCCUGUCGUGUGGAAUUCUGGCAUUUCUCAAUACUUUCUUCAGUUAUCGGACACAACCGUUGAGCAUAAGUAUGAUAACCGUCCAGAUAGCAGCCUUGCCACUCGGGAAAAUCAUGGCUAGAGUUUUGCCUACGAGGAAAUUUAAGAUAGGGUCAUGGGAGUUUUCGUUUAAUCCAGGGCCGUUUAAUAUGAAAGAACAUGUCUUGAUUUCGAUAUUUGCGAAUUGUGGUGCUGGGACAGCUUAUGCUGUUUCAAUUGUGACUAUUAUUAAGGCAUUCUAUUUGAGGAACAUCUCCUUUGUGGCUGGUUGGAUUCUUGUUGUUACCACUCAGUGUCUGGGAUAUGGAUGGGCAGGGAUUAUGAGGAAGUAUGUGGUAGAACCUGCAGAAAUGUGGUGGCCCGGUAAUAUGGUUCUAGUCUCUCUUUUCAGGGCCCUCCAUGAAAAAGAUACAGAUGGAAAAAGCUCAAGAGGAAAAUUCUUCUUAGUAGUACUAGCAUGCAGUUUCAUUUGGUACAUUGUCCCUGGAUUUCUCUUCCCAACAUUAUCAAACCUCUCAUUACUCUGCUUAUUCUAUCCCAAAUCAGUAUUAGCCCAUCAAAUUGGUUCAGGGAUGAAAGGCCUUGGAAUUUUAUCCUUCACAUUUGAUUGGUCAGUUGUAGCAUCAUAUCUUGGUAGUCCACUAGUGUGCCCAUUAUUUGCAAUUAUCAAUGUUAUAGUGGGCUAUGUUGCUGUGGUUUAUGUGAUGAUUCCAAUAUCCUACUGGGGAUUUAAUAUCUACAAUGCAAGGACUUUUCCAUUGUUGUCGUCACAUUUGUUUAAUGCUCAAGGGCAUAAGUAUGAUAUUACUACAAUUGUUAAUGACAAGUUUCAGUUGGAUGAAGUGGCUUAUGCAAAACAAGGAAGGAUUAAUAUAAGCACUUUUUUUGCUCUUACCUAUGGCUUGAAUUUUGCUGCUGUUGUGGCUACUCUCACUCAAGUUGCUCUCUUCAAUGGAAAGGAAAUAUAUCAGAGAUAUCAAGCUUCACAUAAAAUAGGGAAACCUGAUAUCCACACAAAACUUAUGAACAAAUAUCCGGAUAUUCCUGGCUGGUGGUUUCACGGCAUGCUUGUAGUAUCAUUGGCUUUGUCACUUGCACUUUGCAUUGUGUGGGAGGAUGAAGUUCAACUUCCAUGGUGGGGCCUUCUUUUUGCUGCUGCUGUUGCCUUGAUUUUCACUCUCCCUAUAAGCAUCAUAACUGCCACAACAAACAUGACGCCAGGACUAAACGUGAUCACAGAAUAUAUUAUUGGUUUGAUAAUUCCAGGGAAACCAAUAGCCAAUGUUUGCUUUAAAACAUUUGGGUAUAUAAGUAUGUCACAGGCUGUUGCCUUUCUCUCGGAUUUUAAGCUUGGUCAUUAUAUGAAGGUUCCUCCAAGAUCAAUGUUCAUUGUUCAGCUACUUGGAACUCUCAUUGCUGGUACAAUAAACAUGAGCGUGGCAUGGUGGCUACUUACAAACAUUGAUAACAUAUGCCAAGAUCAAUUGCUCCCAGUAAAUAGUCCAUGGACAUGUCCAGGAAAUCGCGUCUUCUUCGAUGCAUCAGUAAUCUGGGGCUUAGUAGGACCUAAAAGAAUGUUUCUUUCAGAAGGAAAUUACAGUGCACAAAAUUGGUUCUUUCUUGGUGGUUUAAUAGCACCAGUUUUAGUAUGGUUGCUACACAGAGCGUUCCCAAAUCAAAGUUGGAUUAAAUUGAUUAACAUUCCAGUACUUCUAGGUGCAACAGCUAUGAUGCCUCCAGCAACACCUUUGAACUUCAACAGCUGGAUUUUCUUUGGAGUUUUGUUCAAUUUCUUCAUUUACAGAUACAGAAAGAGUUGGUGGCAGAAGUAUAAUUAUGUUCUUUCAGCUGCAUUGGAUGCUGGCUUGGCAUUUAUGGGUGUGGUUAUAUAUUUUGGCCUUGGUGAUGUUAAGUUUUCUUGGUGGGGUACUGGGGGAGAAUAUUGUGAUUUGGCUACUUGUCCUACUGCUAAGGGCAUAGCUGUUGAAGGAUGUCCGUUACGUUGAUUUCACUAUGACGGUUGUGCUCGUCUCAAGACUUGUCAUGUAUUUUAAGCUGGUCAGGCUCACAUGCAACGAAUGUUUAAGGAUGUCCUUUUACACUAAUUUCACUAUAGUGGUCGUGCUCGUCUUGAAUUUAGUCAUGUCUUUUGAGCUGACCAGACUCAUGGGACCAAUUGUUUAAGCAUGUCCUUUUAUGCUAAUUUCACUAUAAUGGUCGUGCUGGUCUUGGACUUGGUCUUACCUUUUGAGCUGGUCAGGUUUAUGCACAUCGGCAUCAUUGAAGAUUUCGAUUAUUGUUAUUGUUGUUGUCACGCUCUUAAAAGUAUGUUUGUACAAAAUCAUGUUCUUAGAAAGAUUACUCCUAUCUUAUGUCAUUGUAAAUUCUUAAUUAGUAACCUUAACUUGUGUAAAUAUUUUCUCACAAUACGGUUGGGGUCAUCAACUUAAUCCCCACACAAUGUAACUCUCAAUUUAAUUUCAUUUCUUCUAAGUUCUAAUGUUC